UGUGUAGCUUCUGAAGCCAUGCGGGGCUCCACUCCGCUGGACGUAGCAGCUUCUUCGGUGAUGGACAACAACGGCCUGGCUCUGGCCCUGGAGGAGCCGGAUCUGGAGAAGGUGGUGACAUACCUGGCAGCCUGUGGUCUUCAGAGUUGUGCCAUGCUUCUUGCUAAGGGUUACCCAGACCUCGGCUGGAACCCUAUCGAGGGAGAGCGCUUCCUGUCCUUCCUGAGGUUCGUCGUCUUCUGCAACGGUGAGAGUGUGGAGGAGAAUGCUAACGUGGUGGUGAAGCUUCUGAUCAGACGUCCCGAGUGUUUCGGCCCCGCCCUGAGGGGAGAGGGAGGUCAGGGUCUGCUCGCCGCCAUGCAGGAGGCCAUCAAGAUUUCCGAUAAUCCCGCCCUCGACCUGCCCGAGAGCGCCGCCGGCGUCUAUAAUGGUUCUGGUGAGGAAGAAGGAGAAGUUAUUCACAUGGGCAACGCCAUCAUGUCCUUCUACUCGGCUCUUAUUGACCUGCUGGGACGCUGCGCUCCAGAGAUGCAUCUUAUCAAUGCAGGUAAAGGUGAGGCGCUGCGUAUCCGAGCCAUCCUGCAGUCCCUGGUUCCAACGACAGACCUGGUGGGGAUCAUCAGCAUCCCGCUCAACAUGCCUGUGCUUAAUAAAGAUGGCACGGUGAUGACAGAACCCGACAUGUCGGCCUGUUUCUGUCCGGACCACAAGGCCCCCAUGGUGCUCUUCCUGGAGAGAGUGUACGGCAUCGAGGACCAGAGCUUCCUGCUCCAGAUGUUGGAGGUCGGCUUCCUGCCUGACCUCCAAGCCUCUGCGUCUCUGGACACGGAGGUGUUGAGCACCACGGAGACGGCGUUGGCCAUGAACCGGUACAUCGGCUCGGCCCUGCUGCCUCUGCUCACCCGCUGCGCCGCUCUGUUCAGCAGCACGGAGCACUACGCUCAGCUGAUCGACUCCACGCUGCAGACCAUCUACCGGCUGUCCAAAGGACGCUCGCUCACCAAAGCCCAAAGGGACGCCAUCGAGGAGUGUCUGCUGGCUAUCUGCAUGCACCUGCGUCCCUCCAUGAUGCAGCAGCUGCUCAGACGGCUGGUGUUCGAUGUUCCCAUGCUCAGUGAAUACUGCCAGAUACCUCUCCGGCUUCUGACCAACCACUACGAGCAGAACUGGAAGUACUACUGCCUUCCUUCUGGGAUAAUCAACUGUGGCGUUUCCUCGGAGGAAGAGCUCCUUCUAACCAAGAAACUCUUCUGGGGAAUCUUUGACUCCCUUUCUCAGAAGAAAUAUGAUGCUGACCUUUUCAAGAUGGCCACAUUAUGCCUGUGUGCCAUCGCUGGAGCCUUACCACCUGACUUUGUGGAUAGUAGUCUUGGAGCAACACUGGAGAAACAGGCGCCAGUGGAUGCAAAGGGCAACUUUGAUCCCAAACCCAUCAACACUGCCAAUAUUUCCCUUCCUGAAAAACUUGAGUACAUUGCCAACAAAUAUGCAGAGCAUUCCCAUGACAAAUGGUCCUCAGAUAAGGUAUCAGCAG